AUGAAACUGGACCUUCAAUUGCCUUCUACCCAACCAAUAAACCUCUCAUUUCUAUCCUACUUCAACAUUGCGAACAACACUUUCCAUGGUCAUAUUUCCGGUGAGAUGGCUCGAUUGCAUCGCCUAAAUGCAGUCGACUUUGGUGACAACAACUUCAGUGGAGGUGUUCCGUCAUGGUUUGGAAACUUACCCAAGCUUCAAUACUUGCGUCUCGCAAACAACAGUUUCACGGGUUCAGUUCCACCUUCCAUUGGCAACAUAUCAACAUUAGAAUCUCUCAAUUUAAGGUCCAAUUUUCUAGAGCGAAGAGUUCCUAAAGAGAUCGGUCAUCUUCCUAAACUGAAGAUGUUACGCAUGGGAUAUAAUAAUUUGUUGGGGCCUAUACUGCCAACCAUCUUCAACAUCUCGUCACUUGAAUUGAUUGAUUUCACAUAUAAUAUGAUUCCUGGUAGUCUUCCGGAGGAUUUGUGUGUUUUUCUUCCUAAACUUGAAAUUCUUGCUCUUUCCGAGAAUGAGUUUGAUGGCCAAAUUCCAUCAACUCUAGGUGAAUGA